UAUAUAGUUGUUUCUAUUCUUUCAGACAAUACCUCAACUUACUGAUAAGUAAAGGUGUAUGGGUUUUUUUUGCAAGUCAAAUCUUUUGUAUUAGGUAUUCUAAAUCGCAUUGCUCCAUCGGAUGAUUUUUUGACGAGGUUUUCAAUCUCAUUAAUCAAACGGAACUAUGUCGUUGAUGGGAUAGCUGUCAUGAGGCGCUGGUCACUUACCAUUUUUUUGUACUUUUUCAUAAGGCUCAACCUGGCUAUUGGAUUGACACACUGCGAUUCGAAUUCAAAUCAAAAAUAUUUCACGAGUGGAGGAAUGAUCUCUCCAGCAUGGAGAGCUCCAAUUCCAGAUGCAGAUAUUAUUUUAGAAGUUGGAACGCCUCUAGAGAUCUACUGCACAUUGGAUUUGAAUUACAAACAUGCCGGGAAUUACACCUCACAAGACAUAAUAUUUAAAAAAGGAGAUCGUAAAAUCGACAGCGAAAACGUAACGUUAGUAAAUUCAACCACGGCCAGAUUAUUUUUGAACACUUCAACUAUUAGUGUCCAAACCGAGAUUUUUGCUUGCUGGUUGACAUUACAUGGCGGUGGUAAUAAUGCUACAUCUGACGUAUCCAAUAGUUCGGACAGUGGCACAGAAAUACCAUUGAACAAUGAUCCAAAAACACCAGUUGAAGAUUUGAUUUGUUCAAGUUCUGUACGGAUUGGGAGUAAACCGAAAAAAGUGGUCAAUUUCAAGUGUCUCAGUCACAACUGGGACGUAUUGGAUUGUUGGUGGCACGAGCCUAAUAAUGGGAUUGAGACCCAUUACUCGAUUUAUUAUUCUACUUCAGGAGAAGCUGGUGAAAAUCAAUUGUAUGGCUGCCCGACCGAUCAAAGUGAACCUGGUCAUUGUCGAUGGACUAAAGAAACGUCUCCUUCUUAUAAGGAAAAUUUUGAGUUCAUGAAUUUCUUCAUCAAUGGUAGUAAUAUGUUUGGUAAUAUUACUCAAAAGUUCAGAUGGCAUCAUUACGCUCACAUCGUUCCUGCGCAACCAUAUAACUUGACACUUUUGAGAACAACCUCUCAUAGUGUUUUCCUUCAAUGGGAUGACGUCAGUUCGAGGAAUGCGUCCUUGAUAAAUUUGCUUUACUUAAUCAAAUAUAAGCGGCCUACGUUGAAAAGUUGGAACAUAAUCUACUUCCACUCAAAAGACGUUGAAAAAGAAAAUGAUCACGUACAAGUCAACAUAACUGGCAUAAAGUAUCCGAAUAUGGAAUACAGUACAAAUUCCACGUAUACAUCAGUCAAUGCAAUUGGUUCAGCUCCUCGAUCUUCUAUCGUGUAUGUGCCUGAACAGAAUGACAUCUUGCCACGACCCAAUCCUGAUUAUAUGCGUUUUAAUGGAACCGAUGUGUACGAAAUUACAGUAUUAUCAAAUUUGCUAGACAAAUUCAUUCGUCGCCAAAUCCAAGUCACCAAUUUUACAUUUUUCUGGUGUGAAAGUAAUCACGGUGAUCCAUAUCCCUGUAGCAAUGUUUUCAACUGGAUUAAUCUGCCAGUGACUAAUAUCAUCUCCCAUAACUUUGCGUUCAAGCACAACGUAACCCUAAAUAAGCACAUUGGCUAUCAGUUUGCGGCCAGUACAAAUUCGUUGAACUCUAGUAGUGGCAUGCGUUGGAUAAUUUGCAAAAGUAUUUAUAACCAGGUGAAUAAAAUUCAAAAUGUUUGGAUUCAGGAAGUCGGCUCGUCCUUUGUAGACAUACAUUGGAAAUUGGAAUGCGCCAAUUGGGCUGAAGGGUUCAAAGGUUACAAAAUAUCGUACUGUCCAAUCAAGGAGUAUCACCAGCACGAUUGUGUCGAAUCUACUGAAAACGACCUAAUAAGAUAUUAUGCUCGUAAAACCACCAGUAAUUUUAAUUUUACAAACUUGAUGCCAAAUACCACUUACAAAAUGGCAGUGGCAGCACCAUGUAGCGGCAUGAGUUGGAUUAUAUAUACUGGUAUUUACAACCAGGUAAAUAAAAUUCAAAAUGUUUGGAUUCAGGAAGUCGGCUCGUCCUUCGUAGACAUACAUUGGAAAUUAGAAUUCGCUAAUCGGGUCCAAGGGUUCAAAGGCUACAAAAUAUCGUACUGUCCAGUCAAUGAAAAUCACCAGCACGAUUGUGUCGAAUCUACUGAAAAACAUCUAAAAUACCAUGCUGGUAAAAACGUUUGCGAUUUUAAUUUUACAAACUUGAUGCCAAAUACCACGUACAAAAUGGCAGUGGCAGUUUGGACUGGUGAAUUAUUAGGACCUUGGAGUGAAUUGAUGUACCCUCGUACCAAAAACGCACCAUAAAGCAUCCAAGAUCACUGAUGGAAAUAUGAUUUUUCAAUUCCCUACUUCUCCAGCACCACCACAAAACUUCUCAUGCGUAUUUUGGGUUUUGGAGACACUUUUUUGAUAAUUUGAGGCUUGUCGUUCUUUUUCAAAUUGAUCUGAAACUGGAAAGCACCCUGCAAAAGAGCCAUACUUAGGUCAGGUAGUAGGGGUGGAAACUUUGAAUAUUCUUGAGGUUUUUUUUUAAUUUUCAAUUUAAUGUCAUGGCGUCUACAAUUGGCGUUCUCCAUGUGAUCUCAUUUGUUUAGAUGAUUCAAUGUCGAAUUCGUAAUGUACCUACUACCUACCUACAAGUAAUACAACACUGUUUUGUACUUUUUUCAUUAUUAAAGUCUUUUUAAAAUGUA